AUGGGAAACGAAUCGUACACCGAUCUGCUGAUUAUCGGCGCCGGCCCGGCCGGGCUAAUGGCAGCCUGCUGGGCGGCGCAGUUCCAGAUGCAGACGCGGAUCAUCGACCAGAAGCCCGGGCGGACACCCACGGGUCACGCGGACGGGCUGCAGAGUCGCACGCUGGAGAUCCUGGACAGCUUUGGGAUCGUUGAUCCCGUCCUGCGGAAGUCGGUGCGACAUACGGAGAUGGCGUACUGGGCGAUGAAUGGGAGCACCGGGCACAUCGAGCGGCGCAAACGAACCCCGUCGUUGCCCGGGAGCUCCGUGUAUGAUCAAAGGCUGCUAAACCAGGGCGCUACGGAGCAGGUCUUCCUCGACUAUCUCCACGAGAUGAGGAUGCACGUUGAAUACAGGACUCGAGCACGGGAGCUGGCACUAUCGGAGUCCAAGUCCGAGACGGAUCACAAAGUGGCCGUUGGGGUCGUGUCGGACACGACCGAUGGCUCGGAGACGAUUCACUGUCGCUAUCUGAUUGCAUGUGACGGUGCACGUGGCUGGACCCGGAACCAGUUGCAUGUCCCAGUCGAUAAGAAUCUGGGGGAGUCGACCUGGGCGGUAUUUGACAUUGCCCCUAUUACGGAUUUCCCGGACAUUCGUCAGUCGUGUGCGAUUAGCUCCGGCGACCGUGGGAGUAUGAUGACCGCACCCAGAGAGAACCGGCUGGUUCGGUUCUACAUCCAUCCCAAGGGCGACAAAGAGCUCUACAAUGGCCACGAUACAAAGCAUGAGCCAUCGCUUGAUGAGCUGGUUAGGACGGCGGAGAGCAUGAUGAAACCGUACAAGUUGGAGUACAAACAUUGCGAUUGGUACUCUUUAUACUCAAUAAAACAGCAGCUUGUCAAGCAACUCCGGCCCCACGACAGAAUAUUUCUGGCUGGCGAUGCUGCCCACACUCACUCCCCAAAGGCAGGUCAAGGGAUGAAUGUGUCGAUGCAGGAUACAUACAACCUGGUUUGGAAGUUAGGUGCGGUCAUCACCGGAGCUGCAAGCCCAAGGAUACUGGAAACCUACGAGUCUGAAAGACGACCGGUGGCAGAGGAAUUGUUGGAGCUGGAUGCGCAGCUGGUCGGGGCGUAUGAGAAAAACACCGGCGCGGCCAAGGGGAUUGAAUCGGUUCGGGACCAGUACUCCGAGUUCAUAUCGGGUCUAGGGGUGACCUACGGUCCUGAUCUCCUCAUUGCAGACCAGACUACACAGGGUUUGGCAAAGAACAUCAAAGUAGGAAGACGGUUGGAUCCGUUCUAUGUGGUCAACCAUGCCGAAGCUGCAUCGAUCAACCUGAUGACCAGACUUUCAAGCGAUGGGUCGUGGAGACUGCUGGUCUUUGCCGGGGAUAUUCGUCAAGCAGACACUCGUGUGCGUCUGGAUUCAUUUGCCAAGACGUUCAGCCAGCAGCCGCUGCUUGCACGCAUGUGUGAGAAGCGGUACGGGACCCAUGCUGGGUGGCUCCUGGAGACGAUCCUCGUGCAUGCAAGCCCACGCACAUCAGUCGAGUUCCUUGAACUCCCUGAAAUCUUCCACCCGUUUGACGACACGUGGGGAUGGGAUUACACGAGGGUAUUCACGGACGAGGGCUCGUACGAUCCAGGGUGUCGUGGUGCUUACGACGGCUAUAGGAUUGACAGGAAUGCUGGGUGCGUUGUGCUUUGUCGACCGGACCAGCAUGUUGGUUGGAUUGGGGCUUUGGAGGAUGUGAGUGGUCUGGAGGAUUACUUUUCUGCGUUUUUAGACAGGUAA